AUGUCGACGUCGCCGCCACCGAACCGACGCCUCGAAGUCAAAGCACAAGACCUCGCGCAAGCGAGGAAUCUGCACCACCACUCGCAAUACACGGAGUGCGCCGCGCUGCUACUAACCGCGGAACGCGGCGCGGAGGACGCGACGGCCCUCCUCAAGGCGGCGCUCGAUAACAUAAGGAGGCACCCGCGGCAGGCGCUGGGACUUAAUGAAGAGGCCAGCGCCUCGGACGCGAAGAAGGCUUAUAGGAAGCUCGCGCUCAAGCUGCACCCCGACAAAACAAAUGGAGCCACGUCCGAGCUCUUCGCGGCGCUCACCGAGGCGCACAAGGCCGUAUCCGGUGAGAAGCGGCCCUCACGGAAGGCGCCGCCGCCUUCCCGGAAGAGCAAGCCCAAGCCCCCAAAAAAGCCGCCGGCACCGGAACCGCCGGCACAAACGCGCGUCGACCUCGACGAGAACCAGGACCGGGACGCGGCCUGGGAGAAGCGCUACUGGGCCCUCGCGGCGUUCAAGCUCAAGAAGGGUCACUGCUACCCGGAUGGUGUGUUAGGCGACUGGUGCGCGGCGCAGCGGCGCGCGCGCGAGGAGGGCAAAUUAUCUGCAGAUCGGCGCCAGCGGCUCGAGCAGCUGGGCUUUGAUGUGGACGACGACAACUGGCGGGCGAAGGCCGCGGCGGCGGCGCCCUCCGACGCGGACCGGGCCCAGGCCUACUGGCGCCGGGCCAAGUCCGAGCGGCGCGCGAACGGUACAGACCGCUCGCCGCGGCGCCGGUCGAGCGAGGUUCCAAGAAGGCGGAAUCGCGUCGACGACGCGCUGAGCGGCGCGGCGGCGGCGCUGCCGGGGCGCCGCUCGGCCAAUCGCGUAGCGCCGCCGGACCGGGCGCCGGCCCCGCCGCCGCCGCCGCCGCCGCGGGCGCGGCCCGUGAACAACAACGACGACGCGGGCUGCACUGGCGCGUCGGAGGGCUGGUCGUGGUCGCGGUCGCGCGCGAGUACCUCGAAUGAGGCGCGCACCGAGCGCACGACGCGCGAGUUCACGCUCUUCGGUUAUGUUGUGGCACGCUUCGAGACGACGUCGGCGUACGGCCAGCCCGCGAACGAGUCCUAG